AGACUGAUCGGCGCUGCAUUCACUGACAGCUCUGUGGUCGGAGCAGCUGUGCUGCCAGGGCUCUGAGCAAGGGGGUGGGAUGCUUCGCCGUGAUUGGCUGCUGAUUGUCGCUCGGAGGACUCUGAUUGGCUGCUGAGCAGCUGGGCAGACCCAUGUUGGCCAAAGGAAUCAAACGCAAAUUUUCGGAGGUGGAAGGGCAGAUGGGGAGUGGCGUAGAAUCGGGAAUGGCUGGGCGAUGCCAGAGCUCAUUGCCUGCAGUGCAGUCUCACUGUUUAAUGAACAUAUCACUACUGAAGCUUCAUCGUAGCCUGCACCACGUGGAGCCUAACCUGAGACAUCUCGUACUGGUGGCCAACACUUUACGUCGCCUUCAGGGUAAUAUGCAGGCAGAAUCGAGCACUCUAGGAGGGUGGAAGCCCGUGGAAGACAACUCUAGAAAAGACUCUCAAUCAUUCACCAGCGAGAGCAAAACCUCAGCUUCGGAUAUUCCAGGAGAAGAUACCUUGCUUUCCAGCAUGGAUUCUUCUUUGUACUCCUCCAUUUCCACCAUACUGGAGGAUUUAAAUGAUUUUGAAGGACUGAGCUCUUCUCCACUGCCUCAGACAGAAGACGAACAGCUUUGCUCUCCAAAGGACUUCAUCAGAGAUGGGAGUCGAGAGGAAUCUGGGAAGCUGACACCUUCCUCCUCCUUAAACUCCUCUACCUACCUUCUUGGGGACAACCUUGAGGACAUUUUUGAAGACAUUGACACAUCUAUGUAUGACAGCGAUCCCUGGCCGAGUAGCAGCCUUUUAAACUUUAAAACAUUUUCCAGCAUAAACGAUCCCGAGGCGAAAUCUUUGUCAGAUGGACAAGAUUCCAUGCUGGAGCUUAGCGACUUGGACUAUCUGAUGGACGUUUUGGUGGGAACUCAAAACUGCUGAUGAUCUCCGUAGGACAUUUUGAAGGACACAAAUUGUAUCUUGUAACAAGACACUAUUGUAAAUAACAGACCUUUUAAUUUUAUUUUGAGCAGAUGAACUUAAUUGUUUUUAUG